AUGCAGGUGGCAUGUAAGUCAUCCCGGCUCAAAGCCUUACAUCUCGCUGUAUAUCACAAACCGACCUCUGACUAUCUUAGACUUCACUAUGCUAGUAACCAGCUCGAUACAUUGAAAGGCCUCACGGAACCUACACUCAUCCGCAAAGCUCUGAGGGAUCUCCCUCAACACAUUGACGCAAUUCAUGAGGGAAUAUUGCUGAGUACCGACAAACGAUUCCGGUCUCAAAUUAUAAGUUCUUUGAAAUGGGUAGCUUUUUCACUCGGCACUUUAGAUGUCAGUCUAUUAUCGGAAGUCUUCACUCUGCAUCUAGACCGGAGCCAGGCUUCAGAUGAAGCGGAGGCGUUCUCUGCUGAUAACAUUUUGGAUUAUUUCUCGGGGCUGCUGAUUGUCAAGGAUGGUCACGUUCGGUUUGCUCGCCCCUCUAUCAAAGAGUAUUUGACCUCUAGCAGGAUCAGCAACAGCGCUGCAUUUGCCUUUUCCUUCACAGCGGCUGAUGCGUAUCUACACAUUGGAAAAUCUUGUCUAGAAUAUCACCUACAACGCAACCCCCCGGACGAUGCAUCUUUUUCUGGGAUCGUGGAGGAACAGGAUGGAGAAAACUCGUCACAAUUAAGUACUUAUGCGACCAAGAAUUGGCUUCUGCAUCUAGAUAGGGCCCCUCGUCCGUCUUGGCCGCUUGACCUCUUUAAAGCCGCAAAUCUUGCCCUCAGUAUCCGCAGCCGAAGCCUCUAUAGCAUGAUAGACUCGAUUACUGAUCGCCCAUUCUCCCUUGACGAAGCGUGGCUGAAUCCACUGAUAUAUACUGCCCACUUGAACGCAUACCAGCUUACUGAGAUGUUGAUCUCAGAAGGGCUCGAUACCCAUCAGUAUUACAGUCAAGGCGAUUUAGAUGCUGCGCUGCUAAAUGCUAGCUCAGCUGGAAGCUAUGAAGUUGUCCAACUUCUCCUUGAAAAGGGUGCUGGUGUCGAUGUCAAGAGCGCGGAUUAUCUAAAUCCUCUGAUAGAGGCCGCAGAGGGUGGUCAUCUGGAAAUUGUGCGAUUCUUGGUUGAAGAGAAAUUCGCCAUGAACGUUUUCAGCAAGGCUUUGGAUGCUGCAGCAAGAAAAGGCAAUUUUGAAGUCGUCGAGUUUCUUGUUCUUAACAAGACCCCGGUCACAAAAUACGCUCUCAAAACUGUAGCUGGGUCAUUUGGGGAUUCUCCUGAAUCCCUAGAAUGCUUACAGCUUUUGCUUGAUAAUAGCAAGGGUAUGAGGCUACAAGGGGCGCUCUGCAAGGCGGCCUACAAUGGGAACUGGAAAGCA